AUGCGUGGCAGUUUAUGCUUGCUGUUGUUGUUGACGACUUGGUCCGUGCUCAUAUCGGACACCAAAGCAGAUUGGUUUGACGAUAUCGUUGACGGUAUUCAUGAAAAAUUAGUGGCUGGUGCUGAUUACCUGAAAAAUUCGGCAGCGCCGGCGAUUCGCGAGAAAUUCAAUGAAGCCAAAGGAACACUGCAAGACCCUGAGACACAUCACAAGAUCAAAGUAUGGCUUGAGACGGUCGGUUAUCAUUUUCGAAUGUUAUUGCUUGAUUACAUACUCUUAACGAGUGCAUAUUCCAAUACGCGCCAUCGAUCAACCAUGGACUAG